CUCUCUUAGCCUCAUUUUAUACACUAGGAUGUCACACUAACCAAGGGCGAGGGAGGGGCGUCUAUCGCCUCGCGCUUACCGACACUUUAACCGUCCAUUAUCUCCUCUGAGCCACUCAAACUACUCCGCUCUUUCCCGUCAUGACCGUAGCUCUUCUCUAACUCUUCUCUCCGGGUUCUCGCUGUGAAACGUAGCAUUUAAUCUGCCUGCUAACCAAAACAAGUAGCGACUAACCCCACCCGGUCCACGUGCGCGCGUGCUCUUCCUGGCCUCCUCUGUCCGUACCAUGACGUCAUCUCGCUAACUCCCUCAGUGUUAAUCAGCUGACCGGUCUCAGCGGUAUGCGGUACUUUGCGAAAGCCUUCGCACCCCUCGAGCUUUUUCUGUCGCCAUACGGCCACCAAGCUGCAGUGUGUUUUAUCCGAGCGAAGAUCGGGCUGCACAAGAUUUUAUGUCUCAUUUUGUGUUUGAUUUGCGGAACCGAAAAUAAAAUCCAUCCAGGUUCGUGGUUGUGAUGCAGGCAAAAUCUGAAAACGUUGGAAGGGGUGCGAGUACUUUAGCAAGGCACUGUAAUUGUUUCUUUUAAAAAUAAUAAUGAUAUAAAAUACAUUAACUGUAAACCUGUAAGGAUUAAAAGAAAAAGUGAAUCUGCUUCUGGAAGUGAGCAGCUGAAAGAGCAAAACCGCUCCUCGGUCAGUUAUCUUCACAGUAAUAUUUGUGGUGUGUUUCCAUAUGACAUUCUGGAAAAAAAAACUAAAAAAAAAAGAAAAAAAAACGAUUAAAAAAGGAAAAAGUGAAUGUAACUGUCACUGGAAGGCAUGCCUCGCUUUCAGUCGUUGUUUUGUUCCUCUUUUAUACACAGUGUAUGUACUAUUUAUGAUCAUGGCAUUGCGAUGUACAUUAGUUGGAAAAGAAUCUGUUAUAAAUAGGAUAUAUUAUCCUUUCAUUACCGAUUAUUAAUCAUGGCAACAUUUUUCUUUUUUUUCCCCAACAGGCUGCACAUGGUUCUGUCUUUUUGUAUGUUUUGUUUUGUUUUUUUGUGCAGGGAAAACGGUGAAAAAAAAGAAGUGUUGCAAAAAAAAGUGGACAUAGUUAAUUAUGUAUAAGGUGCAAUUUGUGUUUUCUUUUUUUAAAUGAUUUAAACAUCUUUAUUGUUGUAAGGAAAAAAAACUUUAUGGGGGAAAAUUUCAUCUGCUUAUUAAAAAAAAAUGCAAAAAAAUUGCAGCUAACCAUAAGUGAGUGGUGUGAUUUGUUGGCCCAGCCGGUUGCAUUAGCCUGUACUUGCUGCUAAUGGAGUCUAUUGUUAGUGCAGACACUGCAGUUAAAAAAGCCAGUUAGCGUUGAUUCAAACGUCAGCGUCUUCCAGCUUGAUCCUCACUUAUUCAUUGACCUCUAACUAAUACCUGCAAGCGCAUCUAAUCAUACACACUUUAAGUUAUUUAUGGUGUCCUUAUCAGACAGAGAUGCAUUAAUUUGAGCAUGUAGAUUAACCAGGAGGCAACAUUUUUAAAACUGUUAGCCCCUCCAGCACAUCCUCCAGGUUCAGACCACAUUAAAUGCCACAUUCUUGACACUAUGGAGCUGUAUGUAAUAUCAUCUGAAGGACAAACCUGUCAGGGUCCAAUAAAAAAAAUUCAUUUCAAUCAUUUGAUUUAGUAUUUAGAAAAAUAAAUUAAUAAAUACGUUGUUUGUAAUUAACUCAUUAAGUGUUUAUUAACCAACAAAAACAACAACAAAAAGCAAUUGGAUCUCUUCUAACGCUACAAAGCAUGUCAAAGUAAAUAUCUGACUCAGCUAAAAUGUGCUGUUCACAAUACAACCCAUUUAAACAUGGCAGCUUUGGCGCCCUCUGCUGGACGAGACAUGGAAAUAACAUUAAACCGAAAACCUUCAGCUGAACUCUUAAAUUCAACUAAAUAGAACUUGUUAGCAAAAUAAAGUAGCUAACCGAAUGUUGUUGAAGCUUAAUAAUUAGAACAAAUUACCUAAAAAAAUUUACCAGGAAAAAAAUCAUGUUAAAUAUCAUCCGAUAUGAAACUUUAUAGUGUGAGCUCAUAUAUAAGCAUACAAUUUAUUCAUUUAAUUCUUUUUAAUUUCAUUAUUAUAGUUUGUUGUUUAAUCUACUGAAUUUGCGUCGAGCUGCAUGUCGCGUGCCGCGUGCGCUCCAAACACGGACCGCGAAGAGCAUCGAAACUUCCCGUUUCACUCAAAGUCAGCUGUGUUUGGUGUUCCGCGGUAUCUACGACCUGUUGCGACAGACGGCUGGGACCGAGUCAGAAUUGUGGAGCUCGGAUUUGUUUCCAAAUGAGCUGCUAUAAAUGAAGCUCCUCGCUCCGGCCGGCUUCACAACUCCCACUGCUCAGCUGACGAAGAACCAGACAUACCUUCCAGAUGGGUGACAAAAUCAUCGUUUUCUUUGACCUGGAGACCACUGGAUUAGAUACUUCACAGUGUGACAUCAUCCAACUGGCCGCUGUCUGUGAGGAGAGAGUCUUCAAUAAAUACACUGUCCCUCAGCAAAACAUUGAUGAGGGCGCCACAGAGGUCAACGGCUUCACAGUACAGUCCGGUCACCUGGUUCUCUACGAGUCUCCUGUGGAAACCAUCCCAAUCGAUGACCUUCUGACCUCCUUCAUCGACUUCCUGCGCUCCUUCCAACGCCCCGUAUUGCUGGCGGCCCACAAUGUGAAGCGUUUCGAUGCACCUGUGCUCACCAGAGUGAUGAAGAAGUAUGACCUGUACCCUCAGUUCCAGCAGGUGGUGUCGGGCUUCCUGGACACCUUCUUGCUUAGCAAGAGACUGUUCUUGGGCAUGCAGAGCUAUUCUCAGGUGUCUUUAGUCAAGAUCUUUCUACAAAGGUCCUACGAUGCUCAUAAUGCAGAGGAGGACGCCAAGAUGCUGCAGGAGCUGUAUAAGGUGUGGAGACCUGACCAGUUUACGGUCUUAGCAAGUACUUCUGAAGUAAAUUAAGAGUACUGUUACUAAAGGAAAAAGUCUAAUAAUGUACCCUGAAAACGAACCGAUGUAUCAACAGAAACAAAAAAGUUCUCAGUGAGGAUAAAUGUGUUGUUUUUUCUUCUCAUCAUACACCUCUAAAUCAAUGGAAAUAUUUAUACAUAAUGAAGUAAGACGGUGGCUAUAUUUCAAGUAAUCAGACAAUUAUUUUAUUUAGUCCUGUAGCUGUGCACUUUGUUGUUUCUGUGAGAAGUAUGGCUCAGUUUAAUUGUACGAACCAUUAAAACUUAAUUUUCUAUACAUUCCUAAAAACCUCUUAUUUACACCAAAUCAUAGAAACCACACAGGGAUUUUAUGUAUGUACAGAAAAUGUGUCUUCUGCAUAUUUUUAGAAAAUAAAAAUAUUCUAUCGAGU